AUGGAUCUUUAUGGCCAAGUUUGGCAAUCAUCUGAUCUCAGUCCCGAUCGUUUGACUAGUGAACUGAACAAAGUGUUUACUCUCAACGAAAGUGCCACCGAAGCGCAUGGAAAUAAAGAAAAAUAUUACAACGUGAAUCAGGAAGCUGCUGCAGAGUAUGCCAAGUCAGGAUCGGCAAGCCUCACUGUUGGCUGGAAGUUCAUAGGUGGAUCUGCAUCCGCUCAAUAUGCAGAAUCAGGCUCGACUUCCCAAGCAAGUAGUGUGACGCAGCAUGAUGUUAUGUCAGAGUCAGACAUAAAACACUUCAUUAAUCAACAGUCAGUUGAAAUCGCAUGGGAGGGAGAGAAAUUUAUUCCCAAAGCUUUCAAAGUGGUUAAAGUGACGGAUGUAGCUGAUCGCAUGCAAGUUGCCGUCAUUGCAAAACAACUCACCGCGGAGCAAUCAAGGGGAGCAAUCAUCCGUUCGGUGAGCGCAUUGAAUAAUCCUACUCCGUCAUCAUUAGCAUUGUUCACCGGAGAAAUUCGUCUAUAUGCAUCAGUACUUAGGGAUCCACCUAUCAACUGGUUGCGAUGCAAUGGCUCGAGAGUGUCACGCGUUACAUACUCACGUCUGUUUGCUGUAAUAGGGACCACAUAUGAUGUAAAUAACAAUGACACGACUAGUUUUCAACUACCUGACUUGCGUGGUCGUGUUGUAGUAGGAAGAGAUCCAUCGGAAAUUCGAACAAAUAAUACGUCGAGGAUGGGCGCUACAGGCGGACAGUCGAGACAUACUUUAACAAAUGAUCAACUACCUGCACAUUAUCAUGAUCGAGGUUCGUUGACAAUUGGCGCCAGUGGAUCGCACACGCAUGGCAUCUACGACCCAGGACAUCAGCACAAUGCGGAUAUUCGUGAAAACGGUGGAAGUAGUCAAGACGGCUAUUAUUUUAAUGCGAUUAAUGGAAAACAUAACUGGUACAGUGGCCGAGUGAAAGUCCAGUCGACUACUACCGGUAUCUUAGUAAAUACUGUUGGAAAUCAUGCGCACACAUUGACUGGAAAUACAGGUUCGACAGGAAAUGCACAUUCAUUUUCUCUUCUCAAUCCAUAUCAAACAUUGGACUACAUCAUAUAUGCUGGUUAA